AUGCAGGUGCAAGGCAGCAUGUACCCUCGGCAGAUGGAACGUGCCGUGCAUCAGCAACAGCCACAGAGUAUGCAGGGCAACCGACAGGCAGUCGCGUCUCGCGCCUACCACCUAGAGCCCAUUAACCCCCUGCAGCUGCGACAGCAGGGUGGUAGCAUGCCGGGUAUGAUAAUGCAGCAGCCUGGUGGCGGUAUGAUGGACGGCCUGUCGGCGUACGGCCCGAGGCCCAUGGUAAGGGGUGUGCAGGAUGGGCACAUGGGCCCGCCGCCAGCGGAUGUCGCCCGUGCUGCUGGCGAUGGAACUCAGGGCAUAUAUGGCAAUUGUUCAAUGAGCUAUGGUGAUGCGGGGAUGGGGGGUGUACACAAAUUGCAAAACGGCCAUGCCGUUCUCCUCACCGCCGGCUGUGCUGGUCAAGCGUCGGAUUGGAACAACAUCAACUUCAACGGCAUCUUCGACAGCGCAGUCAACCCGCAGGUGCAGUCGUCUGUGGCGGUGCAGGACGACUGUAAGCCGCUGCCGUUUCCUCCUGGAAACCUUCUCGCGCAGUACCCGCCCGAGUACCAGCAGCAGCUCAUCUGUUACUACCGCCUGCUGCGCUUGCAGUACCCAGAGCUGUACCAGCAGUACGUAGACUAUUACGUGAUGUACUAUGAGCCCCUCUAUCACCCAGCCCCAUCGUCUCUCAGCAAGGACAAUCUCGACGCCAAACAACCAAGGAAGAAGGAUUCACUUCUGCCGAAGACGCAGUGGGCCCACAUGCAACCGCAGCAGCCAGUCACGCAGCAGCCCGUGUAUCAGCCGCCGCCACCGAUGGAGCCGGUGCUGCAGAUGGAGCACGCACUGCCCCCGGAAAGCAUGGGCCGCACUACAUCGAACCUUAGCCGAGGCAUGAAGCGGCAGAGCUCGCUGCGGCGGCAGAACUCGAUGCGCCGAAACGAGGUCAACCAGCUAAAGAACGAGGGCAGUCUCAAGCGUCUUCCAAGUAUGCGGCAACAAUAG